UAGGAUUAAAUUUACAAAACAUGUUAUAUUGGACUGAAAAACCAAAAGUGUAUUAUAUUUAUACAACAUAAAUAAAAAUUCAAAUGCAUUCUAUAUGAUGAAUUUAUAUUACUGUAAGCCUUAUAUUUAAGUGUUGCAAGUAGCCAAGCAUGGCUUCAGUUGAAGCAAACAAAUUAAAAAUUUUGCUACAAGUAAAUGAUCAUGAAGUUGGCAAAAAUACUGUGAAUAUAAGCAAGAACAAUUCAACCUUUGGAAUUCCAACUUCUGAAGACUUGGCACUACUUGUAGGUAAUCAAAUGAUUGUUGAGAAGCAGUUGCAUGAACAAGUUAUAUUUUAUCAGAAUGAGUUAAGUAAGCUCAAAACACGCUCAGAGGAAAUAAAUGAAGAAAAUGCUAAACUCUAUGAAAGAAUGCGUGAAAGUGCUAUUGAAUCCACAGAAUUAAAACCAGAAUCGGUUUGUAAUGAAAAUACAAAAAGAGAAUUUUAUAGUCAAACAAGGCAGCACAGUUAUAAUGAAGAAAAUCAAUAUAAUAUGGAUGUAUCUACAAUGAUGAAGAUGUCUGGAAUAAAUACAAUUCCACAAAUUGAAAAAAGUUACAGUCUAAAUGAUGAAAUGAUGCAGAUGAAAAAAUUGUAUGAUGUUAAAACAUCACAUUUACAGACUUUAUUAAAAUCUGCUUUGAAAACAAUAAAGCAACAGCAGAAAGAAAUUGCAGAACUUCGGUCUGAAGCCAGAUUAUACAGAAUCCCUGUGAAAGAUGAUGUUAACCCAGGGUGUUCAAAUUGCUCAGAAGAUCCGAGUACUUCUCAAUCAAUAAAUAAUAUUUCUGCACGUGCAACAAAAAAGUUAAAGGGAAAAAAAGAUUUUGUAGAAAGUUUACAGAUUCAACAGAAACUUCUAAAUGAAUGUAAAAAAAAAGAAGCUGAAGCGUAUGAACAAGUCAAAAAAAGUUGUGAGCUGGUUGAACAGUUGCAGCUCGAGAAACAAGAGGUUUUUGUUCAAAACAAACAACUGAAAGAAGAUUUAUUAGUGUAUCAAGAAAAAUAUAAUUGUCUUCAAAAGGAAAUGCAGCAGUUGAAUCAGAAUUUCAGUAGCAAAACAAAAAAAGAGAUGCAAUUUCAUAUUGAAGAUUUAGAAAAGAAGAAUGACGAUCUCUCUUUGUCAUUAAAUGCAUUGUCUUUUAAAUUAGAAAAGGUCUCAAGGGAAAAAACAUCAAUAGGCCAUGAAUGCCAGACCAUAAGGGAUGCAUUUGUCUUGCAUAAAAAAGAAACUUUUACACUCAUUGAAAGUUUGCAAAAAGAUGUACUAGAAGCCAAUAAGAGAUGUACUCUAGCUGAACAAGAACUCAAACAACUGCAUUUAAAAAAUAAACUUCAAGAGAAGCAAAAACUCAAGGAAAUCGAGCAGUUAAAAGUGGAAGUUGAAAGCAUUCGACAAAGGAAUAGAGCUUCAGAAAAAACUGUACAAGAUAGCCAGGCGCAAGUUGUUUCUCUCACACAAGAGCUUAAUUCUUGCACUCAUCGUCUUCAAACUGAAUAUAUUCAAAAAGAAAAUUUACUAAGAAGCUUUACUGAGGAAAAAAAAACAUUUAUUUGUGAAAAAGAACAAAAUGAACAACACUUGAAUGCUCUGCUUCAAGAAAAAGAUAUGGAAAUAUAUGACCUAAAAAAAGAGUUAACUUCUGUUAUUGAAUCACAGAAAAGUAUAAUUAAGAAAUAUAUGGUUGAAUGUGAUUCUCUAUCUUCAAACCUUGCUCAAGAAAGGACCGCUCAUAAAGAUUAUUUAUCUAAUUUAUGUGCUAAAAGUAAAAAACUGGAGUUACAAACUGUUGCUCAACAUAAAGUCAUAACAAACAAAGAAAAUGUGAUGCAUCAGCAGAAAAAUGAGAUUGAAAGAUUAGAGAAAAUUGUUUCGGCUCAAACAGAAGAAAUGGUUCUAUUAAUAAACAAGCAAAGUUCUUUACUAAAUGAACGCCAACUUCUAACAAAAGAAAUCGAACUAUUACGUAACCAUCUUAUGAAAAUUUAUUAAAUCAUUGUAUGAUGUAAUUAAACUCAUAACUUUGUAUUGAUUUUUUGUUUAAUACGUUAUUUCACUUA